GUUAAGUAAUUUAAUUUAAGUCAGGUAAAGAGCAGAGGCCGGGUGCCAGGGGCUCGGGAAGCGGGCGGAAGGCGGGAAGCGCCGCCCCGCCCAAGGAGCGGGAACGCGGCUGCUCCCGGUCUGUGACGGCUGUGGCGGCUUCGGGUGCCGGCCCUGCCCGGUGGGCGCGGUCCGGGAAGGCGAGCAGGUGACUGGAAGACGCUGUUGUAGCCGAGGCGGCAGCUCAGGGGCAAAGCCGGGCGGCGGCCUCAGUCGUCCAGCUGCUCCCUGAGCUCCUCCCUCAGGCACAGCUGCGGCUUCGCGCCUCAGCCGCGCCCCUCCCGAGGUGGCGGGAAGGGCUGUGUGGGGCCGGCCCCGGCUGUGGAGGCGCGGCGGGCGGAGGCGGGAGGGCUGCUGGGCUCUCGGAGGCCAUCGGGUGAGGGCGGCUGGCGCCUCCCCGGCUCCUCCACCGUGGUGUGGCGUGAGGCGUGCUCGGCGUGCCCGCGGUGUGAGAGCGCUGAGGAAGCCUCCACAGCAGGACGAGGGCAGCAGGUGCAGGUACCAAAGGCUUCAGCUCCAGCGCCAGCUCGUGCUGGCACCUUGCGAGGGAUCAGCCUUGCUGCUUUAGUUGGCCUCGCUGCCUCAAGAGCGGCUUGAGGAGCUGGUGUGUGUUCGAGGGGCAGAGGCGCGUUGGGCUUUGGGGAAGGUGGUUUAAGAAAAGGGAGAAGCGGUCACCGCGCGGGGAAGGACACCGGGUCUGGGUUCUACCCCAGCCCUGGGCGAGUUGUUCGUGGUGUUCUUGUGAAAUAGCUCGACCAGAAGAACUGCAGGGUUUUUUGCAGGGUGUCUUUACUACGGUCAGCGUUAGUGUUAAGUUUCCUUAGGUCGGUCGGAAAUGGCGAACAGCAAUUUGUGCUGUGAGGGUGCAGCAAUGCUUGCCUUUGACCCUGCACCCGAGAAGAUUUUGCCGCCCGAGCUUCUCAGCCAGCCAAUUUCAAAGGAUCUCUCCGAGGCUGUGACUGCACGGCUGAAUCCUCCACCUUCUAUGAGGUGCAGUGAGCCAGGGGGGAUGAAAAAUCCAGGAGCAGACACCACCACAUUUUCAGCCCUUCCCUCACAGAAAGACCUGGAUUUGAUUGAAAGAUACAAACAGGGAGCAAUAAACCCCGUAUCUGCCUUGCACAUGUUUGCCAAAAUACACCAGCUGCAGCUUGAAUUGAAAGAAACGAGUGUGGCAGGCGAUGUCAUAAGGCCUUAUUUUGCCUUUUGUGCUGUGCUAAAUGGUGUUUGCUACAAGACUGGCCUGGGAAAGAACAAGAAGGAAUCUAAAUUAAAUGCAGCUAAACUGGCUCUUGCUGAGCUGCUUAACUUGGAGAACACAGGGGCAAAGUCUUUUGAAGACUCAGAUUUUCCCAGUGUUCCUGCUGAGCUCCGACCUACAGCAAACUCUGCCUGUGUUUCAAGGACUGGAGGAGAACAUAUCUAUCAAAAACUCUCACAAACACUUGAGGAAGUGUUUCACCGCCUGACUACCCAACACCCCGAGUACCAAAGCUGUAGCAGUUCCCUGGCUGCCUUCAUCAUUGAAAAGGGUGGGCAGCAUGAAGUAGUAGCUCUGGGGACAGGCGAAUGCAACUACAGCCGGCGCUUCGAGUCCUGUGGGAGGCUCUUACAUGACAGCCAUGCCAUUGUCACUGCCAGGCGUUCCCUGCUCAGAUAUUUUUACAGGCAUCUUUUGCUGUUCUAUAACAAAAACCCAGCAAAGGUAGAGAGGUCCAUAUUUUGCACAGCACCAGGCUCGAAGCUGCUUACCUUAAAGCAAAAUAUAACCCUCUCUCUCUACAUGAACAAGCUUCCAAAAGGAACUGCUCAGUUAAAAUCAGAGGUGCAUCUCGGUCCCCAGUCUAUAUCUGCUUAUGAAGCCAGUGAAGAAUUGAGUCUGCAUGUUGCUCUAGAAGGCAGGAUUUACCUGGCUGUUUGCUGUCCCCCCAAGACUGUCAGAGUGAGCAGCAUGUCAGCUGGUGACAAACUGACCAAGUGGGAGGUGGUUGGUCUGCAGGGAGCCUUGCUGAGCCACUUCAUUGAACCCAUGUACAUCAGCAACAUUCUUGUGGGAAAUGGAAGUUGUAAGGAUACAAAAGGACUGAACAUAACCAUAAAGCAGCGUCUUGAUGAUGAACUUACUUCAAAGCUUCCUGUGCCUUACCUGGUCAACAGAUCUCAUAUUUACUUGGUGAAAGCUGCACUUCCAAUCCAAACAGAUUUGAACCAAUGGUCACUUAGUUUAAAUUGGACAUUGUCAGAUGCAUCCCUGGAGGUUGUGGAUGGAUUAAGUGGGAAAACCACUGAAAGCUCCCCGUUCCGCAGCGGCACCUGCCUGGCCAGCCGCCUGUGCAAGGCUGCCAUGUUCAGCCGCUUCAGGAUGCUCGCCAGGGAAGCAGGACGGGCUGAGCUGCUCCAGUUUGCAACAUACCAUGAGGCAAAGAUUAAAUCUCAGUUGUACCAAGAAGCUAAAAGCUUGCUGCAGAGCUACUUAGAACAACAUGGUUACGGAUCAUGGAUUGUGAAGUCUCCACAUAUUGAACAGUUCAGUGAUUGAUGGAGGUGGAUUGAAUGUUAAGU